AGUAGUAAUUAAAAAAGGAAACGGCAAAACAAAAUUGUAACUCAUUCGGACCUGAAUGAUGGUUUGUGGCACCAUGUAUCCCUCCAAAGAGAGAAACAGAAUCUUAGAUUAUUCAUCGAUACAAUCAGAAAUGGGACAAUGAAAUACCCAAAAAAGCUAAAUAUCCGAAAUAUAAUGUACCUUGGAGCUCUGCCAGAAGCGGGACUUCAGUUUGCAUCAGCUGAUGAAGAGGUUAAGAGGUAUGAGACAUUCAAAGGGUGUAUACGCCAUCUGACAAUUAAUGGGCAAACAGAAGAUCUUGUUGGACCAAAAGCAACCCAUCACAAAGUUGGACAGUGCUUUCCUCGUGUGGAAGCAGGGUCUUACUUUUCUGGAGAUGCCUAUGCUAUUUACAAAGAGAAUUUUGAGAUUGUGGAUCCACUGGAACUGGAACUGGAAUUCCGAACGUCAGAAAUUACUGGGGUCCUCCUCAGUGCUGCUACACCAAACAACUCACCAGCAUUCUCCCUGGAGCUAAAUAGUGGGAAGGUCAUAAUGAAAGUUGAUAUGGGAGACAGGAAACCUUUUCGUGUAGAACAAGAAUUUCCAUCACAGUAUACAAUCUGCGAUAAUAAAUGGCAUAGGAUUACAGCAUUUUUUACAAAAGAUGAACUUGCUCUUAAAGUUGACCAGUUACCAAACAAAUAUGGCCUUUCCGGAAAUGGUUCAUUUAUAAAGGCCAGUGUUGGUAUACCACUGUACAUUGGUGGAUUACCAGAUAAUGGAUCUGGUACUAUUUUGGAGACAAGAGACAGCUUUAAAGGUUGCAUCAGAAAUGUGAAAAUUGGGAACAUUAGGAGAGACUGGACUGACAUGGCAUCCUUGCAUAAUAUUCUACUUAACUCUUGCCCAAUCAGUUCAUAAAGUAUAGUUUACAAAUGUCAACUUAACUUGCCAUAACUAUGUUUUAGUGUUCCCACUGCAAUGCCUCUUACUCAAAAGAGAAUGGGAAAAGCAACAGAAGACUGAUAUUAUAACACUGCCAUAAGUAAUUCCUGUGAGAAAGUGGUGUGAAUGACAUUUCAGUUGAUCAAAGGUAUGUCUUAAACAUACUGAGCAAUUGAAAAUAAUGAAUGGUGAUGAAUUCCAAUUUUUGUUGUUAUUAACUUAUUUGUUGUCUUGAAAGAAUGUAAUAAUUUAUUCUUAACAGUAGAUUCAUUUGUUACACUAGGUUUUUCCAUUGUAAUAAUAGUGUUUAAAGUGCCAAUCAAGAAUUCAUAUUUGGCUCAAUUUUGUUGCAUUAAAGUACUGUAGUAAUUAAGGUUGUGGAUGGUGAAAAUCAGUAUUAAUUUAUCAAUAAUUUUAGCAUUGACUGUGUAAAUUAGUAUAUAUUUUUGAUACGUACAAUAGUGAGAAAGCAUUACUCAAUGAUCAUGUAUUUAUUUGUGAAACAUAACUUGUAUAUAUUGGUUUGUGUGUGUGUGUGUGUGUAAGU